AUGUUCGAACAAGGGAUUAGUAAUAGCGAUAUAUUAUUUUAGAAAUCUCUAAGAUCAGGAAACAAAUUAGCAAAACUAACAAAGAAGAAUUAUCAAUAUCAAUAUCAUGAAGGUAAUUUGAUUACAAAAUAGUUGUCUCAAAUUGUAUUUGAUAUGCAAAAUAAAAAUGAUUCUUUUGAUCUUGCUAUCUAACUUUUAACAGAAGAAACAAGCUUAUUAAAAUAACAUCUCUCUUUUUAGGUGUUUAUUCCUCAAAUCAAAACAUAAAUAGGAGAAAAAAUAUUAAAAGACAAUAAUCUAUGGAUCAUUAUUUUAGUUGUGUUUCAUUCUUUAUGUAAAAUAAAAUCUAAAUACUCUGAAUUUAUAUCAAGCAACAUUCUAAAUACUAUGUAAAAAAUAUAUUAAGAUGAUUCCAUUCUAAAAUCAAUUCAAUCCUAGGCAUUUCGGAUUAUUUCAAAAUCUGAACAAUAAACACUUAAUUAAUCUGAAUCAAUUUAUAUCAAAGAACAAUUCAAACUUGAAUUUUAAGAGAAUAAAGAAAACUAUUAGAGUAAUAGUAAUUUUAAAUAGUUAUAAAUUAUAAAUUAAAUUGCAUCUAUUAAAGAGUAAGAAAACAUAAAAUCUAAUGAAAAGCUCACAAACUAAAUUGAUGAUUCGACAUAGUAAUUUUCAGACCUUAAUAAUGAUACUAUUUAAAAUUAAGAAAUAGAAGUUCCAUAAGUUGAUUUAAUAAUUAAUGAAUAAGUCAAAAAAUUAGAAGAAGAACUAAAAAUAUAACAUGAAUAGUCAAAUCAUAAUCAAAGAUAAUUAUUAACAGAAAAGCUUUUUUCUCAUUUUGGUUUCAAGGCUUGGAGAAGCGAAUAAAAGCAAAUAAGACCAAAUCCUAUUUAAUUGAAAAUGAGAGGAAUCAGAUUAUUAGAUGGAUUAGACUCUAGAGAACUUUAAACCAAUUAUAUCGCAAAAGCUGAUAUGAUUUUAGUUUCUAAUCUAAAUGAUAAUGGGUUACAUUCAAUUGUUUAAGUAUAGAUUUGUUAAUUUAUAAUAUUAAGUUAUCCAAAAAUAAUUCCUAAGAACUAUUAGACUGGGGACUCUAUGCUAUCAUUUAAUUAAGCGAUUAAAAUUGCACUAGCAAAUAAUAUUUUGAAGAUAUGUAAUAUUAUAAAUAAUUGAUUUCUUUUAAAUUUAGAUAGGAAAAGCAAAUUUAUAUACCUUUUGGUAAAUAUGAGUUAAUUUGA